AUGGAUAGAAGAAAAGUUUUGAUUGGUUGUUGUGGAAGUGUAGCGACAAUUAAACUUCCAUUAUUAAUUAAGUGUUUUAAAGACAAUAACUGUGAAGUAGAAGUCGUAUUGACACAACAUGCUCGUCACUUUGUCUCUUUACCGGAUAUUUCCGCUGAAGUGAAAGUUCACGUUGAUGAAGACGAGUGGACUGCUUGGCAGACCCGAGGAGACCGUGUGCUUCACAUUGAGCUGGGGCGGUGGGCUGAUGUCUUCGUUAUUGCACCACUAGAUGCCAACACUCUUGCGAAAAUGUCCAAUGGACUGUGUGAUAAUCUAUUGACUUGCACUGCAAGAGCUUGGGAUCUGCAGAAGCCGUUGUAUUUCUGUCCAGCGAUGAACACAAGAAUGUGGAAUCACCCUGUGACAUCAGUGCAAGUGUCACAACUCAAGUCCUGGGGAUACAGGGAGAUCCCUUGUGUCUCAAAAACCCUAAUGUGUGGAGAUGUUGGUCCUGGAGGUAUGGCAGAUGUUGAAACCAUCGUGAAAACUGUCUGCGCUCAAGACUGAGGGACCUUUAAGGUUUAUACAUUCAACAUGUUUAUACAGGUUUAUUGUACUGCAAUUAUCUGUAAAUUACAUCAAUAGUUUUUAAGUAGUAUUUGGGAAAAUAAAGCAACCGUUUAAU